CGGCUCAUCGGCAGUCGGGCUUCAAUUCGAAACUCGACAAGUCGCAGUUCACACGACAAUCCGAGAGGAAAACUGAAGCAAGUAAUUCACCUACGAAGUUAUUCUACAAACUAAGGACUUGAGACUACAGACAAGAGCACUCAUUGCAUCUUUAUCGGAAACAUUAUUUUGCAUUUGAAAACUUCAAAGAGAACAAUAAAAUGGCACCAGGAAAAGCACCAGCGAUUGGAAUUGACUUGGGUACCACCUAUUCUUGUGUUGGAGUCUUUCAGAAUGGAAAGGUGGAGAUCAUUGCUAACGAUCAAGGAAACCGGACCACACCCAGUUAUGUUGCCUUCACAGAUACAGAAAGAUUGAUCGGUGAUGCAGCCAAGAACCAGGUGGCAAUGAAUCCCAAGAACACAAUCUUUGAUGCCAAACGUCUUAUUGGGAGGAGAUUCACAGACGACAACGUGCAAUCAGACAUGAAGCACUGGCCUUUCACCGUCAUCAACCAAGGAGGCAAGCCGGUGCUACAGGCAGAGUACAUAGGAGAAAAGAAGACAAUGGCACCAGAGGAAAUCAGCUCCAUGGUCUUGACCAAGAUGAAGGAAACAGCUGAAGCUUAUCUUGGCCAGCAGAUCACCGAUGCCGUCGUCACUGUUCCCGCUUACUUCAACGAUGCACAGCGACAGGCAACGAAGGACGCAGGUGUGAUCGCAGGGCUCAACGUCCUCAGAAUCAUCAACGAGCCCACCGCUGCCGCCCUCGCCUACGGACUCGAUAAGAAGCUGAAGGGGGAGCAACAUGUCCUCAUCUUCGAUCUCGGUGGUGGUACGUUCGAUGUCUCGAUCCUGGCCAUCGAUGAUGGGAUGUUUGAAGUGAAGUCGACAGCCGGUGACACUCAUCUCGGAGGAGAAGACUUUGAUAACAGACUAGUCCAUCAUCUUGCCGAGGAGUUCAAGCGAAAGCAUAAAAAAGACAUGAGGUCCAACCCAAGAUCGCUUCGUCGCCUCCGCACAGCAGCGGAGCGAGCAAAGAGAACACUGUCAAGCAGUGCUUCAGCAAACAUCGAAGUUGACUCACUCCACGAAGGCAUCGACUUCUACACCAAUGUCAGCAGAGCACGAUUCGAGGAGCUGUGUUCAGAUCUCUUCAGAAAGUGUUUGCAACCCGUAGAGAGGGCCAUCAUUGAUGCUAAGAUCGACAAAAACAAGAUUGACACCGUGGUACUUGUCGGUGGAUCAACACGAAUCCCGAAGGUCCAGAAGCUUCUCCAGGAAUACCUCAACGGCAAGGAUCUCAACAAGUCUAUCAAUCCUGAUGAAGCUGUUGCCUAUGGUGCUGCUGUCCAAGCUGCUAUCCUCUCUGGCGACCAGAGCGAAGAAAUCAAAGAUGUUCUUCUAGUCGAUGUGGCUCCUCUCUCUCUUGGAAUUGAGACAGCAGGAGGUGUGAUGACAAAGCUCAUUGAGAGGAACACAAGAAUCCCAACAAAGGCAACCCAGACAUUCACAACGUACUCUGACAACCAAGCAGGCGUCACCAUCCAAGUACUUGAAGGAGAAAGAGCUAUGACCAAAGACAAUAAUCGACUUGGCCAGUUUGAGUUAUCCGGUAUCCCUCCUGCACCUCGAGGCGUCCCUAAGAUCGAAGUCUCUUUCGACAUCGACGCCAACGGCAUCAUGAACGUCACUGCCAAGGACGAGAGCACGGGUCGUAGCAACAAGAUCACCAUCACCAACGACAGCGGAAGGAUAUCUAAAGAAGACAUUGAUCGCAUGAUCAACGAUGCCGAGAGAUUCAAGGCCGAAGAUGAUGCUCAGCGGGAACGCAUCGCCGUCAGGAACCAACUCGAGAGCUAUGCCUUCAACGUCAAGUCCGCAAUCAAUGACGCAUCGGUAGAGAGCAAGCUUAGCUCCAGCGACAAGGAAGUCGUAACAAAAGCAGUUGAUGACGUCAUUACUUGGAUGGAUAACAACUCUUUGGCAAACAAGGAAGAAUUCUCGUUCAAGUUGGAAGAGUUGCAGAAGACAUGCUCUCCUAUCAUGGCUAAAUUACACGCUAGUAGUAGCUCAGGUCACCCGGGACCACAAGCCAACCCAUCUUCAGCAGGCAGUGGAGGGCCAACCGUUGAGGAGAUGGACUAGAUACCACUUUGUUCUAUUUAUUAUUCAAAGUUUAUUUCUAAUGGACUAUGGAAAUUCACGCUAUCACACAAAACUUAUCACAUUGCAUUCAUUAAAAAGCAAUUUUUUGGCAACAAUGCAAUUAAUUAAAUAUAUACAUGUAUCUUCAAAAUCAGCAACACAUGCAAAGAACGUUUGAUUUAAAAAUGAAAAGUUACCAGACUCUGUGUCAAAUAACUGAAAUGAUAUCAUUUUUUGUCCUAUACAUCUCCAUUGAAAGAAAAGAAAAUGAUAAAAAUACUUUUUGUGUUGAUGAUAUGUAUAUUUCAUUUAAUAUCUUGCAUAAAAAGAAAAGAUUGAUAAUCAUAUUCAAUUGUGGUGUCACUUUUAAAAAGAUAGAAGUGAUCUUUAUAAUGUUGUAAACGUUAUCAUCAGCGUCCUCAUUCAUUUUCUAUGUAUUAAUUUUUAUAAUCGACCUCUCUGUAUAUUAUAUUUUUUCUUUGUACAUGAAACAUUGUCUUGAAUACAGUACUGUCAAAUAAUUUGUGUAAAGUAUUACUGGCGAUGUGUAUAAAAUAAUUAUUUGUUAUAUUAUUUGGGCUACAAUAUACACUAUUUAUGUAAAAUACUUAUAAUAUCGGCAGGACAAACCUGAUACACAAAAGUUACUCAGAGUAAUUUUAUAUAUAUAUUCAUAAGUUUAUUUAAUACAGGAGUAUAGUGACAUUUAGGUCAUAUUAUUUUUAUGUUGAUGUCAGCCAGAAUGUAUAUUUUAUAAUUUGAGUAAAAUAAAAACAUAGUAAAAGAAAGUAAUAAUUAUGUAACUGAUAUUUA